AUGGUUGACACUACAGAAGACCCUGCUUACCAUGCUGAUGUUGUUGAUGCAAGGAUUGUUGUAGCUGGUAUGUCAACAACCUGUAGUCAGAAGAUUCAUAAUCAGUUGAUUGGGGUAGAGAACAUGCAUAAAGACACCAAGUAUGUCUUAUUUCUGGAUGAUGAUGUUAGGCUGCAUCCUGGGUCGAUAGGAGCCCUCACUGCUGAAAUGGAGAAGAAUCCCAAUAUAUUUAUUCAAACUGGAUACCCACUUGAUUUACCAUCUGGAAGUUUGGGAAGUUACUGCAUAUAUGAAUAUCACAUGCCUUGUUCAAUGGGGUUUGCAACUGGUGGAAAAACAUUCUUUUUAUGGGGAGGAUGCAUGAUGAUGCAUGCAGAUGAUUUUAGAAAUGACCGCCAUGGUGUUGUUUCAGAACUUCGAGAUGGAGGCUACUCAGAUGACAUGACUCUUGCAGCUAUUGCUGGGGCUCAUAAGAGGCUAAUUACAUCUCCACCUGUUGCUGUUUUCCCACAUCCUCUUGCCACUGAUCUUAACUUUGGAAGAUACUGGAAUUAUUUGAGGAAGCAAACAUUUGUUUUAGAGUCCUAUGCGACACAAGUCAACUGGAUUAUGAACCGUGCAUUAUUUUCUACGCAUUGCUACUUGUCUUGGGGAUUUGUAACGCCAUAUAUUAUGGCCGGGAUACAUGUAGCAGCAGGACUAUGCUUUUUUUCUAAGGGGAACUCGCUUGCUGAAACAGAUUUUCCAGCAUGCGGGUUGAAAUUGGUUGGCUGCCUUCUUGUAUGUACAACCAUUGAACUUCUUUCCAUGUGGAACCUGACAAGAAUAGAGGUGCAGUUAUGCAAUUUGUUGUCUCCUGAGGCUCCUUCAUUAUCACUUGCAUCUUAUAACUGGUGUCUUGUAUUUAUUGCGAUGCUGGUUGAUAAUUUUUUGUACCCCAUAUCAGCUGUACGUUCAAAUUUUUCUCAGUCUAUCAAUUGGUCUGGCAUCCGAUAUCAUUUGAGGAAUGGGAAAAUAAACAAGAUUGAAAGAAACUUUCUCCUCCCGGGAUUCAAGUGUCAUUUGGGAGGAAAGCAUUUAUAUGGUAAAAAAGGAGCUCAAAACAAUGCUUCUUUUCUCUCAUCUUUGUCCAGAAGUCUGGCUCAUUGGAGGCAACCCAAGAAAUAUGAUGUAUAG